UGUUUCUGCAUACCAUCCUCUACGCGUUGUUUUCGCCGGUUAAGCACUCACAGUCCGCCUUCAGUGCCACCAGGAGAUAAUGAUGCUGCGCAAGCUGACUGGUCAGACCUCAGUCCUCGCUCGGGCUGCUGGCCGAACGAGCCGCUGUUUGGGCCCAUUGUCAAACCUUUCGAGGGCACAUCACAUCCUUCGGUACACGCCGGUGGUCACCCGGACGGCAGACGCGCAAUUAUCGGCUGGAUGCCGCGCCUACGCUACGCAGACAUCUUCCCCAGGGAAUGGAGAUGGCAAUAAUGAGCCACAAUCUGACGAUGUUCCUCCGCCGGAUUUCGACUAUACUUCUGCGCUUGAGCGCAUCGCAGAAAGUGACUUCAUUCAAAAAGUUGUGCCACCCACGGACCGCACGCGUCUGGAGAAAGUGCACUCAUUACUGCUUCUCAUCGUCUCCUAUCUGAACAGAGGAGCAACAGUCUCCGAAGACGCCGCGCUCAGCAUGAUGGUGACGUUCUCGACAGUGGCGGUGCCUCCCGACUCGGAAAUCGCCCGAGCCAGGAAGGCCACAGUCAAACUCAUUGACGCAAUCGUCCGGACCCUGCUUGCCGUUCCAGAAGGGUCGCAAACGCGAACGGAGGAAUCCGAGAUUUUUGGCUUCGCUGGCGCGAUGCUCCCGCUGCACGCCAUGUACGUGCAGGGGAAGGAGCCUGGCGCAGACCUCACACUACAGGAGUGGACCGACUUCUGGAACCGCAUGCAGCCAUUGCUCCUGGACCUCAUGUUCGCGCUCGAGAAGAAGGGCUACCAUGAUCCGUCCUCGCCACUUCUGCCGCAGAAGCCAGGCUUGCCAGCGCACUACUUACGCCCAAGCUCGAUUCGACUUUUCCUGAAUAUUCAGCAACGUGCCCCGAUCUCGAACCUUUUUUGGAAGGCGAUGGACGCCAACAAGGUCCGCGCGCGAAUACCCAGUCGGACCUGCGUAUUGCGCGCUCGGCUGGGCUCUGAGACGAGAGAGCCAGGGUCGCUACUAAAUCGAUUUUAUGCGAUAAUUCUGUCGUUAGAAGCCAUGUAUAUCUGCCCUCGUCCCUCUCUUGUCCUGUUGCGACGAGAUGCCCAAUUUCAACCGGAGAAUGGUCACAUGACCAAACCGAGACCUCUUCGCUUUCAGUCGCUCGCGCUGAAGAACCUCGCCCAGCUUUCUCGCUUCGCCGCACUCUUACAAUCCGAUCCGGGGGUCGCCCCUCAGGUCAGAUACUUAUACAUUAGCGGUUUUGACACAGGCCUGAACGCCCAACGCACACCGAUGCGACUCUGGAUACAGGCUGUCAUCGACAUCAUCAUAGAUUCUGUCGCCCCUCACAUCCGCGUCCUUCACAUCUUCGGAAACACCUACCACCUGGGCAACAUCCUCCACUCCCACCGUACCUUCACCAACCUCCAGGAGCUGACCAUAUCCUGGGUCGCCACCGCGCCCUUCGAUCUGCAGCCAGCGACGACCUUCCCCGCCCUCCGCGAUCUGCACCUCCGCAGCAUCGACACCUUCCUCGACACGCCGAGCAUGCGCGUCGUAAGGGUGAUCAAGCUGCUCCCGACGCUCGCGCCGCGCUUGACACACCUGCGCAUGCCGUUUGGGAAUGUGGUCGUCUGGCACUUGUCCAAGGGGCGGAAGCUCCCGGACCAUAUGUCCGCGCUGAAGGAGGUCACGAUCUGCGUCCCGGAUAUGCUGACGCCUGCCAUGCACUCUCGAUUCAUGCUGCUGAAGGGCUUGUCUACGGAGGACGCUCGCCUUCGAUUUAAGGCCGAGCGCCACGAAGCGAACGACGACCUUGCCGCAGAGGCGCAGUGGCUUCAGCGCGUCUCGUGCAAUUGA